AUGACUCAGCGGACAAUGUUGGCCGCCGUCGUUGGCGUUCUGGUCCUCUGUGUGUGCCUGGUGCAGGCGGAGAUCUUCUUCCACGAGGAGUUCAACACGCUGGACGGGUGGGUGCAGUCGGAACACAAGGACGACUACGGCAAAGUCGAACUUUCGGCGGGUGCGCUUCACGUGGAUGCCGCCAAGGAGCAGGGCAUGAAGCUCACGGAGGACUCUAAGUUCUACGCCAUCUCGAAGGAGCUGCCGACGCCAGUCUCAAACGAUGGCAAGCCCCUCGUUAUCUCUUUUUCUGUCAAGAACGAGCAGAAUCUGAAAUGCGGUGGCGCGUACCUCAAGUUCUUCUCCGAACUGAACCAGAAAGACUUACAUAGCGAGUCUCCGUACUGGCUGAUGUUCGGCCCCGACGUCUGCGGCUUUCAAAAUCGCCUGCACUUCAUCUUUAACUACAACGACGAAAACCACCUCUGGAGAAGCUUCUGGAGGUUGACUAAAGAGUUGAAUGAAAAAGCCACGCACGUCUACACGGUCCAAAUUUCGCCGAAUAACACGUAUCAGCUGUACGUCGAUGGCAAGUACAUCCAGGAGGGGUCGUUGGUGGACGAGUGGGAGAUGCUGCCGCCAAAGACCAUAGCCGACCCUGAGGAGAAGAAGCCGAGCAAUUGGAUCGAGGAUUCAAUGAUGGAUGAUCCGUAUGACACCAAGCCGGAGGACUGGGACGACGAGCUGCCCACCAUCGCCGACGACACGGCUGUAAAACCGGAUGACUGGGUCGACGAGGAAGACGGCGAGUGGGAGGCCCCGCGGAUUCCGAACCCGAAGUACCGCGGUGCAUGGGUGCCUCGCCGCAUCGAUAACCCGAACUACAAGGGUGUGUGGAGUCCCCAGCAGAUCCCUAACCCAGACUACAAGGAGGAUCCAAACCUCUACAAGUCGCCGGCGCCCCUGAAGUACGUCGGCAUCGACGUUUGGCAGGUGGAGAGCGGCAGCAUCUUUGACAAUAUCAUAAUUGGCGACGACCUUCAGGAGGUGCUGAAGGUGGUGGAGAGCACGUACGGCGCCAUGGCCGAGGAUGAGAUGAACCUCAUUGAGGCCGAAGCCGAGGAGAGGCAGAGGAAGGAAAGGAAGCAGGAGGAGGAGAAUUCCCUGACGGAGCAGGAGAAGGAGAAUUCCGUGACGGAGCACGUGGAAGAGGAAACCGAAGCGCCGGUUGCCCUCAACGGCGCCAACGACAAUGAAGGUAAUCAGGACUCCAAUAAUGAGGACCUCUAA